UGUAAAUUUUGUAUACAGAGAAUAGAAUAAUUUUGAAAGUGAUUCGUUACGUUUAUAAUACACUUAUGGCACCAACUGUACAAAAUUCCAGUAGCAGCAGUAAAGGAAGAACACGAGGUUCAAUAGAAAGAGGAAGUGGAUUGGUAACGAGAGUCAAAUAUUGCAACACACUUCCAGAUAUUCCGUUUGAUCCAAAGUUUAUAAGAUAUCCGUUCGAUGCCAACAGAUUUGUCGAUUACAAGCCUACAUCACUUGAGAAACAACAUAAGACCGAGCUUCAUACCGACCAUGACUUGGGUGUCGUCAUUGACCUCAUUAACCCUGAUACUUAUAAAGUGAACCCCAACACAUGGAUUCACCCGGCAGAUGAAGCUUUACUUGAAGAUGAUUUACCCGCCCCACAAGACACUAAACGGUCAAAGCAACACAGUUUAAAUGUAUCUUGGUUAAGAAGAAGUGAAUAUAUCUCACAGGAAUUCAACAGAUAUGGAGUGAAAUCAACCAAUGUGGAAACCAGGAUUGGAGCCGGUGCCAAAGAAAUAUUUCAAACAGGACGAUCUUUAUAAAGACAGAGACGGACAAAUUGCUGCCAUUCAAAAAACUUUCGAAGACUCGAAAAAAGAAAUCACUAAACAUUACAGCAAACCUAACGUGUUCCCUGUGGAUGUGUUGCCUAUAUAUCCAGAUAUGAAGAUGUGGCAACAUCCAAGCGCGCAAGUUAUCUUUGACACCGACCCUUCAGUGCAAGGCAAACCAGCUGCUGAACAACUUGAAGAAAUGUCACAAGCCAUGAUUAGAGGAAUGGUUGAUGAGGAAGGCGAUCAAUUCGUUGCUUACUUCCUCCCAACACCGUCUACUCGUCAGAAGAGGAAACGAGAUGUUGAAGAAGGAGUCGAUUUUGAACCAGAGGAAACUUAUGAUUACAGAUUAGCUCGCGAAUACAAUUGGAAUGUGAAGAACAAAGCUUCCAAAGGAUACGAGGAGAAUUAUUAUUUCAUAUUUAGAGAGGAAGGUGUUUAUUAUAAUGAACUAGAAACAAGCUGAAGAGACGGGCAACCCUGAUGAAUCGGAAGAUGCUUCCAGCUCCGAUGAGGAUCAAGCAGAGGACAAUAAAGAAGAAGAAGAAAUAUUUGGAAGUGGGUCCUCCGAUGAGGGGGAUGAGGAACAAUGAUCAUUAUGAUGUCAUACUUGGAUGUUUCGUCUCAUACAUCAGCAGUGGUGUAUCUGUGUUGGAUUGGAAAACUUGUUUCUUUGCUUGGAGGAUAUUUUUGAUGUAAAAUAUUCGGUUUUGCGCUAAAUUUAUUACAGUAGUAGUAAUAACAUGUGCGUAGAUUUUUUCUUCCAAACUUUUUUGGGAAAACCAUUCUCGCAGGGCAUUUUUUACAUUGGUUAUCAAUGUUGACCCGAUAUUUUUGUGUUUUGCUGCUACAAAAAAGUGGUAACGUUUGAUUUUUUUGCCAAGGAUAUUUUUCAUGUGAAAUAUUUGGUUUUGCACUAAGUAGUACUAAUAAGAUGUAUGCGAAUUUUUUAACAAAAUUUGCGGGGAUUUUAAGGCAAACUGGUAAAUCUUACGAGCAGGGCAUUUUUCAAUCUAUUUUCUACAUUUUGCUGCUAAUGAAACAACUGAUAUCAAAGCUUAAGUGCAGAAUCAUAUAUAUUACUUUUGUUUAAAAGCAAGAGUGGCAUAUCACCUUUAUCGUUGCCCUCAUGUAUAUAUCCUUAUAUACCAGGUGUGGUUACGUCACCUUUGAUUUAUUCACCUUGGUUUUGCACUUGUGUAUAGUAAGGAAUAUUUCUGAAAUAAAACACAAUCAAGGGUUUGAUAUUUAAUAAAAUCUGCAA